CAGAUACUACAGGUAGCGCCGUUGACCAGUCCGACACUCCGAUCGAAUUAGAAGCAAAUGAACAGUGUCCCAACCCAGACCUACCCGAUGUGCCUGUGCUUGUUGCGCACGAAAUCAGUAGAAACGACCAUGAGGAGCCCUCCUCACACACUGAGGACAAAGGCACAGACACAGCCAAGGAUGCACCUGAAGGGCAGACAGAGGACCACAAGGCACCAGUCAGUGCAGCGGAAGAGAAAUCGCCUGGAAAUAAAUUAAGAACCCAAACGUCCAAAGUGUACUUUGAGAAGGAAAUGGAGAGGCAGCGAAUGGUGCAGGCAUCAGAGGAGAUUGGUCUUGAGAAAGACCACAAGGAUUUGAAGCGACAGCAGUCUGUCAAGGCAC